GGAAACGCAGCCCUGGUCAGUAGCUUAACGUGAAACGCAACAUUUAUGUGUCAGCGUGCUGAGAGCUGUCAGAGGGGCAGAUGCUGCAUUCAGGCGCAGUAGAUGCUCAGAUGCCCGGUCUUCGUCUCUCAACUUCAGCAGGACAUUUUUCGUCGUUUCCUUUUUCGGUAUAGUGCCUGGUUUUGAUUAGUUUCGUCCGUCGUUGAGCGAUUGUUAAGGAUUUUUAAAUACCACCAUAACGGUUGUGAACGGCCAUGAUUUAAAUGAGGCGGCACACCUUUACAGAGGAGUGGCGUGGAGUAUUUGCAUUCUGUAUCGGAAGACGGUUCUUCUUUUUAAUUAUUGUUAGUAGUACAUGCGAUGUGUAGCCACACAAUGGACAAGGAUAUUAUUAAUUUGAGCUUGUGGGAUGCCUUGCCGAGCGAGCUAAAAUUGUUGUUCGCACAGCUCUGUGUCUGUGUGUGUGAAUGAGUACUAGCGCACACAUCCAGCCAACUGUAACCUUCAAGCUAACGUCAAUGACAGCUAGCAGUUAGCUGGUGUGCGUUGGUGGAUAGAGGACUUCUGCGCGUUUUUCAUCGCCCGUCAGCUGCGCGUUUGCAGAGGGGUGCAUGAACAUGCUGCAUUAAAACAAGAAAGGAACGAAUCGCAUGUGAAGAUCCAACAGGGCGCUGCUGAUUCUGAACAGCUCUUGUCGAGACAUCGCGCAUAGUGCCACGCGCAAAGAGGGAUUUCAUUCAUCCACUAAACAUGGCCUCUUCAGUCAGCAACCUUGCUGCAUCCAUCGCCAGCAAAACCAAAAAGAAACACUUCGUGUCUCAGAAGGUGAAGUUGUUUCGGGCCAGCGACCCGCUCCUCAGCGUCUUGAUGUGGGGAGUGAACCACUCGAUAAAUGAACUUGGUCACAUCCAAAUUCCUGUUAUGCUAAUGCCUGAUGACUUCAAAGCCAACUCUAAGAUCAAGGUGGACAAUCACCUCUUCAACAAAGAGAACAUGCCAAGCCAUUUCAAGUUUAAGGAGUACUGUCCCCUAGUCUUCCGCAAUCUGAGGGAGAAGUUCUCCAUCGAUGAUCAGGAAUAUCAGAACUCUCUGACACGCAGGGCCCCAAUUCCCAGUGACGCUCAGGGCCGCAGUGGAGCUCGUUUCCACACCUCAUACAACAAGAGAUAUCUCAUCAAGAUCAUCACCAGUGAGGAUGUAGCCGAGAUGCACAACAUUCUGAAGAAGUACCACCAGUAUAUAGUGGAGUGCCAUGGCAACACGCUGCUCCCUCAGUUUCUGGGCAUGUAUCGCCUCACUGUGGAUGGAGAUGAGACCUACAUGAUCGUCACUCGCAAUGUUUUUAGCCACCGGCUGCCUGUUUACAAAAAAUAUGAUCUAAAGGGAUCCACAGUGGCCAGAGAGGCUAGUGACAAAGAAAAGCCACGCCAACCUGAGGAGGGGGCUCCAUCCAAAUCUCGCAUGAGCCAAAAGCUACAAACCAUCCGGAUUGCCACACGCUUUUACUGCGCCAUAAAACACACCAAGGAGCUUCCAACUUACAAAGACAAUGACUUCAUCAGUGAUGGCCAGAAGAUCCACAUAGAUGAGGAGAACAAGAAAAUGUUCCUGGAGAAGCUGAAGAACGACGUAGAGUUCCUUGCCCAGCUGAAGCUGAUGGACUACAGUAUGCUGGUGGGGAUCCAUGAUGUGGAGCGAGGGGAGCAGGAGCAGCCCGAGGAGGAGAGUGAAGACAAUGACGCUGGGGAGGAGGAGGGGACAGAAAGUGACGGAGGGGCCACCGGCUCCCCACCAGAUAGCCCCAGUAACACACUAGACAGCAGUAGGCCUCUGGGCCCAGGAGAGUUUGACCCCACCAUUGAUGUGUAUGCCAUCAAGAGCCAUGAAAGUGCUCCUAAAAAAGAGAUCUACUUCAUGGCAGUAAUUGACAUCCUCACUCUGUAUGAUGCCAAGAAGAAAGCAGCCCAUGCAGCAAAGACAGUCAAACACGGGGCAGGGGCAGAGAUCUCAACAGUUAACCCCGAGCAAUAUUCAAAGCGAUUUUAUGAUUUCAUCACCACCAUCCUGUCCUAACUGCUGCCUAAGGUGGGAAUGAGGCGGUGGAUGCAGUGAAAAUGAAGAGAAACAGGUGGUCACGUGCUCUGCUGGAAAAAGUUUCUCUCCCGCUUGUCAUGAGGAUCACGCUUGACAUCUAUCAAGAUCUUUUUUGUUUACAGUCUCUUUUUCUUCUCUGUUAUUUAUUCUUUUUUGGUAGGUUUAUGGCUCUGUCAUUAAUAAGGGAUGCGUUUGAUAUAGUAAUGUGUCAUAUAUACCAUUUUGUACCUUGUUUUGGAUGUUGUUGAUUGAGAAAUCGAGUGAUGUUGUUUGUGCCCAGCUACGUGGUAUAAUUAUCAGACUGGAAUUCUCAAAGCUGCUUAUUUUUUUUACCCUUAUAUUUUCUGCAAAUAUUUUUUUUUUCUAAAUUAAAAUGUCCAGUUUAAAAUAAAAUAGUUCAAACAUAUGUCUAUCUAUAAAGUAAAUUGGCCCUGAAAAAUUUUUAUGAGAGUAAGAAUAGACUUGAAGGAGAUGUUGCGCUCAAACUAAUCAAAAUAAUUUGGCUUCAGGUGCGUUGAGCCAAAAAGAGUGAGUCAAAAAUCAAAAGUUGCUAACCGCACACUGAAUUGCAAAACAGAGUGAAAAGGGUCUAGCAAAAAGAUAUAACUUUAUUGGAUGCAAAUUUAAUAAAGUUAUAUCUUUUCGCUAGACCCUUUUCAGUCUGUUUUGCAAUUCGAUGAGAGCAAGAAUACAAAUUAAUUGGAGCAUAAAUUUUUUAAAGUUUAGCACUAUUGCAACACUUUAGCUGCAGGCAGUACCUUUAAAUCAGAUACAUUUUUUCUAUCUGUUUACUAAGCGUAUGUAACAGUGGGUUUAAAAGGAUGCAACUCCAGGUUCAACUGCAGAAUUCAUAGUUAAGCUCCAAUCAGCCAAUUCGAUUUAGAUUAGCUGCCUGCUGUGCAGUGUAAUGACUUGCACAGGAGCUCAAUAUUUGCAGUUGACUCCGAUAAUGUUUAUCAAAAAACCUUUUGUCUAGCCACUGUUUUUGCACAUGAAAACGAUUCUAGUUUUACCACUGACUCAAAGAGGGACAAGCAAUAGUAGUGAUUCAUAGAAUGUGUUAAGCACCUGAUGGGUUACAUGUGCAUUGCCACUUUUGUAUCCCUAGAGAAAGGACAAAACAUUGCCUAUUUUAUGUCGUUUAGCUGUUGAUUAGAGAACAUAUUAUGACAUUGAAGCAUAUUUUGUACCUCCCUUUUUUACAGUAAUUUGCAAGUUUACAAUGGGCCAUUCUCUAAGUGAGAGAAUGUAGUUGUGCUGGCGCUAUUUUGAUGCUUGAAUCUGUGUACCGUGUUUUUAGCUGCACUGUAAAGAGGGAGAGAAUGCUGCCUAAAUCUAGGUCUUACUGUUGAUAUUUCUCUCUCUCUCUCAUCAUUGUUGAAACUUUGUGUGAUCCCAGAGACCUUUAGUAUUAUAUAUAUAUAUAUAUAUAUAUAUAUAUGAGAGAUAGAUAGAUAUUGUGAUAUUUCUUCUUCUGGAUUAUUGUUUGCAAAAUAAUCCUAAAUAUUCUACUGUAUGUGUUGAAAUGUUGACAUAUAUACACUGUGCGAGGGUGUGCCUUUUUUACUCUGAAUUAUUUAAUUUUGUAUUUGAAUAAUUUUUUAAAAGGAAAAGUAUGAAAAAUAUUAUUUUCUAAAAAGGGAGAGGUGAAUAGGAUGAAUCCUAAGGUGGAUUUGCUGUUCCUGCUGUAAAUAUGCAAGGUCUUAUCUGCUUGCAAUAUUUUCAUUGAGUGUUGCUGUCAUAAAUGUACAAACAUUGUAAAAUCGAAUUAGUUGACCUUACUUAGAUUUUUCAAUUUUUCUAAGUAAAGAUACUUAUUUGGCUCAAGUAAACUGAACUUAAUUUUUUAAGUAAUGUUAACUUGUUACAAGUAAGCUUAACUCGUCUAUGAUUAAAGUAUCAUUGUUUUGAUUUAAUUGUUUAAAUUGGGUUAUAACAUGUUUUAUACAGUAUAAGGGAAAUUACCAUAUGGUACACUGGACUCUACUCAGUAAUUCUUGGUGCACAUAAAUCUGCACUUUUGUAAAGUACAAUUGAGUAAAGAAGAAUAGAUCAGUUUAACAGGCUCCAAGUUCACCAGAGGUAACACUAAUCACCCUUAUGGUGACUUCACAAAAAUCUCAAUUAUCAACCAGCUACAACAAAACAACAACUAUAGUCAUAAGAAUUAAAACUAAAUACAUUUUUAAAUAAAACUUUUAUUAUUUUACUACGAGUUCCCUUGUUUUGACCAAACAAACAUAAUUUAUUCAAGCGCAAGGGUUUAUGGGUAUUGCACACAGCGGCAAAUUUUUACUUGAUAAUUUUGAGUUAGUAGUACUUGAAGCUAACGUAUAAAAAACUUAUUUAUUUGAGUUAUGAUUCCAAAAUGUGACAUUUCAAGUAAUUUUUAAUUAGGGCACUUAAAUAUUUUUAUUAAUGACAACUUUAGUAUUUAGAGAGUAAUGGUACCUUAAUUAAAACUAGUAAGAAUAGUAAAAACUUAAGAUUAAGUUGAGUAAACUAUUUUUAUAUAAUUUGAGAAUACUAUUAGUAUUUACAGUGAAGACUCAAAUUUCCCUGUUAACAGCUUCAGUAACUGAACUAAAAUGAUCAAGUUUGCCAUAGAUCAGUUUGAUUCUCUGUUGUGAUAGCUAAAGUUAUUUUUUGUUUGAAACUGUUUGAGACUGAUGGUGAUAUCAGAUAUUUGUUGCUAUAUUAGAAUUUCUGCCCUAUCAUUUACAAACAAACAAAGAUUAUGAGCAAUGUCAGUUUUAGGACAACUUUCAGUGGAAGUCUUGGCGUGUAACUCAGCACAAGAGGCUUUAUUAACACGUAAUCCUGUCUUGUUCCCUCUUGGUCCUCAUGAAUUUGAUGUCUGUAUAGCCCAUUUGAAUCUUGAAGACACAGUGGAGAUGAAAGCUCAUUUCUAUGGGCCUUGAUCCAAAAAUCUCUUUUCGCAUUGUCUCAAAUUGUAUACAGUAUGAAGUUCUGAUCUCAUGUGGUGUAAUUUGUAAAACCUAAACAUCCUUCCAUGUUGAUGGUGCAAUGUGAGUUUGAUACUUGGGUAAAUAUUUGAGGAAGAGAGAAAAAAGUGGAAAAAGGAAAUGUGAACCCUGUCAAAGGAAAAUAUAAUCAGUUGUCAGUCUACUUGUCUUAACUGUUGUUACUUAUGUCAUGAAAGUGUGCUGCUCUUGUGUGUAUGUGCUGUAGCCUAAAAAUAUUUAAGAGCACUCUGUCCCAUAAGCAUUGCUCAAUAAAAUGAUGCUUUGCUCA